AUGGUUUCUCAGAUAUCAUCGCCACUAUCUAACACAGUAGUAUGUUCUACUUGGAAGAUAGAAAGGCUCAUUGGUGGAGGUAGUUUUGGUGACAUAUAUCUGGCUGUAAACAUUGAAACUAAUGAAGAAGUUGCUAUAAAAGCUGAAUCAACAUUUUCUAGACAUCCUCAACUUGUAUAUGAAACAAAAGUUAUAAGGUUAUUACAAGGAGGUGUUGGUAUUGCAAAUGUUUACCAUUGUGAAUUAGAUCGUGAGAUUAAUCAUCAUAUAAUGGCAAUGGAAUUAUUAGGUCCAUCAUUAGAAGAUUUAUUUAACUUGUGCCAUAGAAGAUUUAGUUUAAAAACUAUAUUGAUGAUUGCAGAUCAAAUGUUGCAGAGAGUCGAAUAUAUCCAUUCAAAGAAUUUUAUCCAUCGUGAUGUAAAACCUGAUAAUUUUUUGAUUGGAAGAGGUAAAGGUAUUUGUGAUAUAUAUAUUAUUGAUUUUGGUUUAGCUAAGAGAUUUCGUGAUCCCAAGACAUUACAACAUAUUCCCUAUAGAGAGAACAAGAAUUUGACUGGUACAGCUAGAUAUGCAUCAAUUAAUGCUCACUUAGGAAUAGAACAAAGUAGAAGGGAUGAUUUAGAAGCAAUUGGAUAUGUGUUAAUGUACUUUUGUAGAGAUGGGACCUUACCAUGGCAAGGAAUACGAGCAAAUAAUAAAGAAGAGAAGUAUAAAAAGAUAAUGGAGAAGAAGAUGGGGACAUCUGUUGAAAUGUUAUGCAAAGGAUAUCCUCCAGAAUUUGCAACAUAUUUACAUUAUUGUAGGGUUCUUAGGUUUGAAGACCGUCCAGAUUACAACUACUUAAGAAAAUUAUUCCGAGAUCUUUUUCAAAGAGAAGGUUAUAUAGAUGAUGGUAAUUUUGACUGGAGUCGAUUUGAUUUACUUGGUUUUAAAAGGAGUGAAUCUUAUACUUCAAAUAUUAUGCCAGCUUCAGAUGCUUUACAGAAAUAUGGAUCAAAUCAACAAGUUAUUAUGAAUGGUAAUAAAAUUUCUGAUAUGAAGAAGAUCUCAGCAUCAAAGAAUUAUAGAAAAGGAGUGAAUUCAUCUUCUUCUAGAAAAGCUAAUAAAGGAGCAUGUACAGCCACUCAAAUAAAUGAUGAUGCUUUAGCUCCAGUAAUUGAAGGGUGUUUGAUGUCUAAUACUAUCAAAGAACCUAUUAAUAAAAAUACUCGCAAAUAUCAAUUAGAAGAUAAAAAUGUUUUUAAUAAUUCUGGACUAGAUGAAAAUAAAACCAAAAAGAAAUUAUCCAAACGUAAAAUUUUUAUCAAGAAAUUUAUAUGCCCUUGUGCAUUUAUUGAGAAAUAG